AUGUGUGGCUAUGAAUUCGGAUUAGGCACUCAGCUAGAAGAGCACAUCUUAAGGGAACAUCAAGAUGUAAAAAGUCGCAUCGAGAAUGUUUUUGUGUCUGUUGGUAAUUUUGAAUCAAUAUUGGACGACGUAGACCAAAAACUCAUGACAGUCGAUGAAAUUAAGCAAGAAAUCGAUAUGGAGCCGACAACAUUACAAGAACCCGAUUUCAGAAACACCGUCCAAUCAUCAGGAUUUUCAAGCGUAUUUGUGAAUGAGGUGAACGAUGAGAUGUAUGGAAGUGAAUUAGUUGAAGUAAAAAUCGAUGAUUCAAACAGCAAAAGUCCAAAAGACCGGCCGAUUAAAGCACAUAGAAUAACAAACACAGUGACAAAAACGCCGCAGAUCGAUCCAAAUAAAUAUUAUUGUGAUAUGUGCCCAUUCAAUGAAGUGAAUUUCACUUUGAAGGUAGAUCUAAUGAAGCAUAUGAGAGGACACAGCACACCAAAAACACUAAAGUCAUGUCCGAUUUGCAGUGAAAUGACACAAAAUGUAAUGAAACAUCCAACGCGACCAUUUAAAAGUCCAAUAAUGGCUGGCGGUUUAUUCGCAAUAAGUGCCCGAUUUUUCUGGGAAUUGGGAGGUUACGAUGAUGGAUUGGAUAUUUGGGGUGGUGAACAAUAUGAGUUAAGUUUCAAAAUUUGGCAAUGUGGGGGAGAAAUGUAUGAUGCUCCUUGUUCACGUGUUGGUCAUAUUUAUAGGGGAGGUGGUGUACCACAGCCAACUGGAAGAAGAGGCGACUUUCUGCAUAAGAAUUACAAACGUGUUGCGGAAGUCUGGAUGGAUGAGUAUAAAGAAUAUUUAUAUCAGCGUAAUCCUGAAAAAUAUUUAAGUAUUGACGCCGGCAAUUUGACAGAACAAAAAGCAAUACGUGAAAAACUGCAGUGCAAAUCGUUUAAAUGGUUCAUGGAAGAAAUUGCAUUUGAUUUGCCAAAAAAAUAUCCACUGGUAGAGCCGCCUGAUUUUGCCUCUGGAGUUAUACAAAGUGAAUCACAUCCAAAUCUGUGUGUCGACUCAUUGAAUCAUGGUAUUGGCCAAGAGUUCGGCUUAUACACGUGUGCUGAAAAUCAUAAACGACCGCAAUUAAAUCAAUUCUUCGUUUUAUCUUGGCACAAAGACAUAAGAGUACACGGCACAACAAAGUGUUGGGAUGUUUCAACGUCAUAUACAAACGCACCAAUUAUUUUUUACAAUUGUCAUGGGAAAAAAGGAAAUCAGCUCUGGAAAUAUAAUAUCGAAAAAAAGUGGGUUCAACAUAAUGAUCGGUGCUUGGACUUUGAUGCAAAAACCAUGAAAAUCUUUGUAAACCAAUGCGAUGCCAAUAAUCCAAAUAUGACAUGGAACUUUGGUUUUGUUAACGCAACAGCGCUACAUCAGUUUGAUCAAAUCAAUACAUAAAAUUGCAAAUCUAUGUUACAUUUUUCGUUGUGUAUUAUCAUCAAUUAUUAUUAUACUAAAAGACAAAUAUAAAGAUAUUUUUAAUUAAA